CCUUUCUACAAGUAGCUGAAGAGCCCAGAGCCAGAGCAGGCCAGCAGGGAAGGAAAAGGCAGGAAAGCGAAAGAAAUAAUACAGGAUGAGGGGUCACCGGCAGGUGUUUCCUUCUCUAUUCUUUUCCCUUCUCUUCCUCAUGCUUCCAAUGAAAGAAAUCUCAACCUCGCCUCUCUCGGUUAGAGCCCAACCAGCUAUGGUCUCUGGUGGGCACCACAGUGGACACACCUGUCUCGGGUGUGUGCUUGUGGUAUCAGUCAUUGAACAGCUUGCAAUGUUUCACAACAGUACUGCAAAAGAAGCAUUAGAAAGACUCUGCAACUAUCUACCUGAAAUACUGAACUUGCAAGGCCUCUGUUAUUUGGUAGUUGAAAUGUUUGGACCAGAUAUAAUUAAACUGUUAAAGGAUAAAGUAAAUGCUGAUGUGGUAUGUCAUGCCAUUAAGCUGUGUAACCAGAAUGCAGGACAACCAUUUUGUCACUUGUACCCUCCUCCUGAGAUGGGACUGAACAAAGCUGUAAGGGAAGCAAGCAGGAUUGUCAAGAAUUCCAAAGUUCUGAAAAAUAUAGCCGGUUUUACAAGUAUAUGUGCAUUUCCCCCUCUGGUCAAGCUGUGUGAGAAGAUUAAAUACAUCAUAAAAAAUAAGUUACCUUAUGAAGACCUUGAUGGAGAUAAAUUUAGUGCUUUCCCAACCUUAAGGGGAUAUCACUGGAGAGGCAGAGACUGCAAUGAAGGAACAACAACAGUGUAUCCUGGUAGACGCCCUGAUAAUUGGGAUGUGGAAAGGGAUUCUAACUGUAAUGGUAUAUGGGGUGUAGAUCCAAAAGAUGGAAUUCCAUAUGAGAAAAAAUUCUGUGAAGAUGCGGAGUCCAAGGGGAUCAUUUUGUUGGGAGAUUCAGCCGGAGCUCACUUUCACAUCCCUCCUGAAUGGAUGACAGCAGCACAGAUGUCUCUGAAAUCAUUUUCUAAUCUCCCAGUGGCUCUUACCAAUGAGUUUGACUGGCCCCAUUUCUCAGGGAUCACUGGAUUUCUGAACUCCACAAUUGGAGGCUGGACAGACUCCCUGUAUCUACGUUUGCACAGAAGAAACCGCUGCAAUCACAGAGACUUCCAGAAUAUUUCCAAAAAUGGUGGUUCUUCAGAAAAUCUUCUGGAUUUAAUUAAAAGCUUGGCUAGGAAUCAGCUAUUGGACAAUCCAGCCAUUGUUAUCUAUGCUUCAAUUGGGAAUGAUGUCUGCAAUGGGAAACCUGACACGGUGGCUCACAUGACCACACCCCAACAAAUGCACUCCAAUGUCAUAAAGACACUGCAGUAUCUAAACUCUCAGCUUCCAAAAGGCAGCCACGUGAUUUUAACAGGCUUGGCAGAUGGUCGUUUUCUGUGGGAUCAGUUACAUAGCAGAUACCAUCCUCUUGGUCAGCUAAAUAAAGAUGUUACAUAUGAACAAGUGUAUUCAUUCCUAAGUUGUCUUCAGAUCAGUCCCUGCAAUGGGUGGAUGUCUUCGAAUGAAACUCUCAGGAACCUGACCUCAGAGAGAGCUUUACAGCUUUCCAAUGUCCUGAAAGAAAUAACAACAUCUGAGACGUUUGCCAAUUUUGAUCUUUUCUACAUGGAUUUCCCAUUGGAAAAAAUUGCUGAUGAGUGGCACAAACUAGGAGGAGAAAGCUGGCAGCUGAUAGAACCUGUUGAUGGAUUCCAUCCUAAUCAGAUUUCAGCAGCCCUUGGGGCAAGCGUUAUCUGGCAGAAGGUGCUAAGAGAAUGGCCGCACGUGCUUGGAAAGGAGAAUCCAUUCAAUAAGCAGAUUGAAGAUGUUUUCAAAGAUCAAGGAGGACACUGAGAUCAACAUAGCCUGAGCCAUGCAGAACUGCUUAUACUUACUAAUGACUUAUAAGUUGGAAAAAAAAGGAAAGAAAGCCUCUUUGCCCCUUUUUAGCAGGAAAGAGAGCCAGUAACUGUACAGAGGAGGUUACAGACUUCUUUCCAGAAAGGCUACGUCUAGACUGGCAUGAUUUUCCGGAAA